GCAUGGCCCCACUUUCUCUCUCUCUCUCUGAACAAAGUGUAGUACUAUGCUACUACUACCUUCCAUCAUUAACUUCUUCCCACUCAUUCAAAUGCCAAAAAUCAAAAAGAGAAAGCAAAAGCUAACCAUAACUAUCUCCAACACCACUUUAGUUCCCCAGUCACUCACACACAGCCCCUUCCCUAGACAGAGAAACACAAACUCACUUCUAUUCUAGUGAGAGACUGUGAGAGAAAAACACACACCAACAAAAUAAACAACUAAAAGCAAUAAAAAACAAAAGCACCCCCCUCCUCAACCUUUUGUUUUUCUCUUCUUGCUUCAUCUUCCGAUCUUCUCCCACCAUUGUAGUUUCUUUCACACCUGAGUGAAGACCGAGAGUUGUUGUUUGUGUUCUGCAGGGUGAAGGGAACUGUGAAGAAACUCUGAGUUGAGUUGUGAAAGGAGACAGUAUAGUGAAGAAGAGGGGAAGCAAAAGGAUACCCAUUGUUUUUCUUCAUCAUUUCAAUGGGUUUUGUUAACUAGAAGUCAUUGUUUGAUGGUAUAUGAUAUUGGGAUAUGGAGAGGGUUGCAGAGCCAAAGCUACUUCCUCGGUCCUUGCCUGUUCUGGUUGAGGUAUCUAAUGCGCACACUGCUUCAAUAAGAGAAGCUGGUCAAAGAUUACAUUCGCAGGAUGUUUCGGGUGUACGAGGAAUUCCAGCAAGAGAAGGGAAUCAGUUUUCAAAGUCACGAGAUGUCCCCAUGACACGUCUUGCCUCCAUCAGAGAAGUGGCUCAGUUAUCAAAUGCACGAAUAGUUUUGGUAAGAGAGGAUAUGGGGUUCGAUACACGGUCCUGUCAAGAGCCUCCCUCCCCUGUUACUACAAGAACGUGGAAAGGAAAGAGCUCUUCACCUGAAGCCGUAGAGCUUGUGCCUGAUGUUCAGACAUUGAACGGUAGCAAUGAUUCUUUUGGGGAAACUGGUCCAAGUUCAUUUGCUGGUGCAAGUCAUCCCCCAGAACCUGUUGAUACUGAUCUCAUGAGAACGGUUUAUGUACCAAUAGGUCAAACCAAAUCUGAGGCAACAUGCUUGAUGAAGAGUGUGUCCUUGAAGGGUCCUGGUCCUUUCUUAGAAGAUCUUUCAAUUUGUGUUCCUGCCAAGAAACAAACCAUGGCUACUGUUUCUCCUGCAGACAGCCUGGUUGAUGAGUCAAAUGAGACGAGUAACAUACCCAUACCCUCGCCGCCUUUAGGUGCUCGUGCUUCUCGGAAUACUGAGAAUUCCCCUCCUGCUCCAGACUCUGAGGAGAAAGAAUGUGUUUGGGAUGCAUCUUUGCCUCCAAGUGGUAAUGUGAGUCCUCUUAGUAGUGUUGAUAGUACUAGUGUUGUGAGAACAAUGAGCAUAGUUAAUAGUUGUGCAAGUACAUACCGGAGUGAUGCAGUGACUAGUGAUGGCAUGCUUAGUUUGGACAGGAAUUGUGAUAGCACAAAAGGAAGUGUAAGAGGGGAUUCACUGGAGAGUGCAAAAACCAGUGCUAGUAGAGCAAGUGAUAGCAGUGGCCUCAGUGAUGACAGCAACUGGAGUAACAUAACUGGUAGUGCCAAUAAGCCACACAAAGGAAAUGAUCCUAGAUGGAAGGCGAUCCUUGCCAUCCGAGCACGCGACGGAAUUCUCGGCAUGAGUCACUUUAGGUUACUCAAACGACUUGGUUGUGGUGAUAUUGGAAGUGUAUAUCUCUCAGAACUGAGUGCAACUCGAUGCUUUUUUGCAAUGAAAGUUAUGGACAAGGCAUCCUUAGCAAGCAGAAAUAAGCUGACUAGGGCUCAGACAGAACGAGAGAUAUUGCAGUUGCUGGACCAUCCAUUUCUUCCUACUUUGUAUACACAUUUUGAGACAGACAGAUUCUGCUGUUUGGUAAUGGAAUACUGUCCAGGGGGUGAUCUUCACACCUUAAGGCAAAGACAACCUGGGAAACAUUUCUCGGAGUAUGCUGCACGGUUUUAUGCAGCAGAGGUUCUGUUGGCACUUGAAUAUCUUCACAUGCUUGGAGUGGUGUACAGAGACCUUAAACCUGAAAAUGUGCUGGUCCGAGAUGAUGGCCACAUAAUGCUCUCAGACUUCGACCUUUCUCUCAGAUGUGCUGUUUCGCCUACCCUUAUCAGAAAUAUUGACGGCGAUCCCUCCAAACGAGCCGGCGGUGCGUUCUGCGUGCAGCCGGCUUGUAUCGAGCCUUCCUCGGUAUGCAUCCAGCCUUCAUGUUUCAUGCCUCGCCUUUUCGCUCAGAAAAAUAAGAAGUCACGGAGACCUAAAGCCGAUCCUGGCCCGCCAUCAAGCACACUUCCUGAGCUUGUUGCAGAACCAACAACUGCUAGGUCCAUGUCUUUUGUGGGCACUCACGAAUACCUUGCUCCUGAAAUCAUCAAAGGAGAAGGUCAUGGAAGUGCAGUUGAUUGGUGGACAUUUGGGAUUUUCUUGCAUGAACUAUUAUAUGGUAAGACUCCUUUCAAAGGUUCCGGAAAUCGCGCGACUCUCUUCAACGUAGUUGGACAGCAGCUCAGAUUUCCGGAAUCACCGGCCACCAGUUAUGCGAGCCGUGAUCUCAUCCGCGGCCUGCUGGUGAAGGAGCCGCAGCACCGGCUCGGGGUGAAGAGGGGUGCGACUGAGAUCAAACAGCACCCGUUCUUUGAAGGCGUGAACUGGGCGUUGAUCAGGUGCAGCACGCCACCAGAAGUUCCAAGAGCAAUUGAAUGUGAUGUUGUAGCAGCAAAGUUAGAAGCAGUUGAUAGUGUUGGUGUUGGUGUUGGCAUGAACAAUAGUAGUAAGAGGAUGGGAGGUAAUAAUGAGAUGAAGUCUGGGGGUAAAUAUCUGGACUUUGAGUUCUUUUAGUUUUGAUUCUUCAAUCUACUUUUGUAUUGUGUUUUCCAUGUUCAGUUAAUUUUACAAGAGAUGCUGCACACACUGCAUCGUUAUCAUGUUGUUUCAGUUUAGUCACACUUACCAGAAUUCCAUUUCAGUUGGAAAUGAUACCACCUUAUAUUCAGAGGGUAAUACAACAAUUCUUAUAGAUAA